AUUACUCGCUACCAGACCAGUGCCCAUCUCUAGGAGUGACAGAGAGGGAAGAAGAGAAGAUAAAAAAAAAAGAUCAUUCACCCUGACAAAGCUUGAUGCCCAACCCCUGGUCACCAGUGGUUGUCAAUUAAAUAUAUCAGUCAGAUCACCAGUGAUCAGUGAUCAGCAUCAAAGUGCAUUGACAUGACACAACAAAUAAAUAAUUAUUAUUAUAUAAAUACGAUUAUGGUUUAAUUAAUAUAUUAUACUGUCGAAGUAAGAAUAUCACUAGUCUUCUUUAGAAAAAUAUUUAUCAGGAAUUUAUAUAUUUGUGUCUGUUGUUUUUUUUAAUCUAGACAAAAUGGGACAGGGAACGGAGUGUGCAGAUCGUCCAGCAGAAGUUAGUGUCAUAAGAUUUGUAUCCAGGAAUCGUACUAUCGAGGAAAUAGCUCCCAAAAAGGAAAUUUACACAUGCAAGCAGCAGGGGUGCGGUAAAAUAUUUACAAAUCAAGAUGAAUACAAAACCCACGAAGCUCUAGAAGAAUUAAAAAUCCGUUUCAUCUGCCGAGAACCAGGAUGCGGGAAAGAAAUGUCCGAUCCAGGUACAAUGUGGCGACAUUACCAAGAGUACCACAGCAAUGAGACGACCAAUAUAUUUAUCUGUCCCUAUACAAGUUGCGGCGGGUCAAUACACACGAGUAACGACAACUUGGAGCAACAUAUUGAGAGUUCUCAUCGUCAUCCUCUGGCUCUAAUUCCCACAGAGCCGGAAAUAAUCUGCUUUGAAGGUCCCGCGAGCACCACCAGUUCAACGACAACCGGAAAUUUAGACGACGAGGAAAAUAAUCCUAAUGAUAAUUCGAAGGACGAUGAAUUUGAAAUGGAUAAAAAAAAUAUAAUAAAUAAAUCAAAUGAUGGUAUGAGAAAAAAUAUAAAUUAUAAUAGCAAUUACUCACCGAAAGACAAUGAUAGACUGAUAAUACAAGAAAAUACUGACGCUAAUCAGUAUGACGCUCGUAACAUUUGCAAUAAUUCAGCCAAAUUAUAUAUCACUGAUGACAGUAUAUUUAAAAAUAACGAUUACGAUAACAAAGAUAGCGAAGUUAAACUACAGGAGCAUAGAAUAGAUCUGGGGAACCUGGAAAAAGUAUUCAGAAGUGGGUUCGAGGGUAACAGAACUAAAAUUGAAUCGAGUAUUGACAGCAGUUGCUUAAAUACCACUGCAACUACGACUACUGCUACUCCAGCUGCUGGCAAUAGUGAUGAUGAUGAAGAAUACACACCUAAGAAACAAAGAAUGUCUAGGUGUAAACAAGAAUUGCCAUACAAAUGUGAUGUGAAUGGUUGCGGUAAAAUGUACAAGUACAUAUCUCACUAUCGACAUCAUCAGGACAGUCAUAAAGUCCAGGAACAAACAAAUAAGGAAGCUAAUAAAUUAGUUAAGACUAACAAAAUUAAACAGCAGCACCAGCAGCAGCAACAGGGCAAAGCCUCUACUGUUAGCUUUUUUUUAUGUAAAAUUCCUGGAUGUGGAGCUCAAGUGAACAACGUUACUAGUCUAUGGAAACAUUAUCAAGAUAAUCAUGCAAACAAUACAAAGCCAGUGGUACAAUCUCAAAUAAAAAGCAAUCAAUUAUUCCGAUGUAAAAUAUUAAAUUGCGAUAUGGAAUUUCGUACAAGUGUCCAGCUGUACAAACAUUUGAGUGACGUACACUCAGUAAAUACAAAUCCAAGAACAGGAAAUGUUAUUGGGACUUUAUUAUCUGAUAGUAACAACAGUGGGAGUAACAACACUAAUGGAAAGACUGAUGAGGAUUGUAGUUUACGAUUUAUAGAUAAUAAUGAUUUGCAACAGAAUGAUAAUAAUAUUACGAUGAAUGAUAAAAAUUUAAAGACUGAUUUUAAAGCCAAUUGCAAUGUUAUUAAUAUCAAUAAUUAUGAUAAUAAUGAUAAUGAGGAACGCAAGUCUUCCUCAUUGAUAUCGAUGGCUAUCAAAGAAGAAUCACGUGAUUGAUUAGUUUAAUUAUUUAUAUUUUAUUUAAUUAAUUAUUAAUAAUAAUAAUAAUAAAAGUUUUGACUAUUAUCAUUAUUUUAUAAUAUUAACUGCCAGUAGAAAUUUUUAAAAACUUGUUCGUAGAAAUAUCGUAAAAUUAAAUUAUUAAAUUUCAAAUGCAAUGAUCUCUUUAUAAAUAAAUUAUAUAUAAAUAUAUAUAUUAGAGUGGCCGAAAAAAAAACGAUGGUGAAGUUAGCUGUUUAAUAAUUUUUUAACUUUUUUUUAAUGAUAAAUUGUGAAAAAAAAAAUAUUUAAAAAAAUGCACAUGUAGUUUUUUAAAUUUUCUUCAUGUGCAUUUUUUUGGUUUUUAUUUUUUGUAAUUUGUUUGUCUAUUUGGUGCUGUUUCAUUUGAAGCUGAAAAAUUUUCAUAUAAGAUUUAAAAAAAAAAAAGUUUUUGCGCCGCUGUAAUGUAUAUAUAUAGAUAUAUAAAUAUAUGAAUGAAUACUACUUCCGUCAGUGGCCUAGUCACAGGUCAUUUUAAAAUGCUUCUUAAAACUUACUGUAGCAAUAUUAAUAUGUAUUAUUAUUGAGAGGAAUGGACAUUGAUAUAUAUUAUAAAUAUAUAUAUAUUGAAAAAAUUAAUUUCUUGGCGCAAGAAAAAAUUCCUAUGGACUUUUAUGAGAAAUUUUCUUGGGACAAGAAUUUCUUGAUGCAAAAAAUUUUUACUAUGCCAAGAAAUUUUUGUUUUUAAUUAAGGGGUGAUAGAGAAUCUUUUUGUGAUUUUUUUUCAGUUUCGUUAUUCAAAUUUUUUAAAUAUGUGACUUUGUUAAGCAUCAAUCCAAGAACAUUCUGUGAAAUU